AUUUUUUUUAUUUGUCUGGUUGAGAUUUUAUUUAGUGUCAUUUGUGACAUAAAUUCAAAAAGGAAGUUCCCUUUACAUACAUUUAAACCUUUUUUGUUCUGCUUGGUGUUUCUCUCAUUCCUCUCCUCCCUCAAUCCCUUUUUUGCCCCUCUUUUCCCAGUGCCCCUGUAAUUCCCCCUCUUUCGACAUAAUGCCCCUAUUUCCAACUCAGUUUGACUUUUGACACAUUACCUCCACCAAAGCAUGACUCACCCAACCUACACAGCACCCCCCAUCUCUGUCCCACCCUCCCUAACCUCCUCCCUCCUUCUUCCCCCUUGUUGAGUUUAUAAGUCAGCACCCACAACAGUUGGCUCAAUGUGAAGCGUUUUACAUUUCAGCAAAGGGGUGAAUAAGAGAGGAAAGCAAGGUGACAAACACGUCUGUUGUUAACAGUUUCUUUCGUGGUAUUCAAUGCUCCAUCAUGCAUGUGUUCAGAAUCCGGCAUGUGCUGUGUGUGCUUGGUUUCGCGGUUGCAUCCUUGUGUGUGAAUGAGUAUGAGGGGAACUAUACAGACAACUAUGACAAUGAGAUCUCUCAGGACCAGCAGGAGGGGGAGUCUCCAACCACACCAUGCCAGGCUGCCGAUUUCUCCCGCUGGGACAAGCUUUUCAUCGCUCUGGAGGACUCCCACAUGAAGCAGAACAUGCUGCUGGAGUCUCUGCAGCAGUGUUGUGGAGGAAUGGUCUCUCUCAGGACCCAGGUGGAGAAGCUGGUCAGGGGGCCAUGCCAGCAGUGUGUACCCAGCAUGGAGUCAGCGUGCAGGGCACAAGCAGAGCAGGCAAGUCUCAGGCUGCAGCGAGGUUUGGUGGAACUCAGAGAGGAGGAAGCAGAGAGGGAGAGGAGGUUAAACACUACCUUGCAGAUGCUCCUGCACAGUACUCACAAGGAGAAUGUCCGGCUGAACCGGCUAGAGGAAAGUAGCGGCCACAGAGUGGUGCCAUCAGGACCAGCGGACGGCAGGAUGCGACACCAACCAACGCCAAGACCUGGAGGUGUAGGGGCAGCUUUUACUUUGGGGAUGAAGGAGCAGGAAGUGACUUCACCGCUGGACAUGGCCACAAUGCAAAGGGCCCUGGUUGCCAUAGCAACAGAGCUGCAGAGGGUUCACCUGCAGCUGAGCAGAGUGAUUGAGCAGGCAGGAACAUUGAGGACGGACAACAGAGGAGACACAUGAAUUGCCCAGAGGGGAAGAAUAUUAAAAGAUUGGCUGACGUCACUCCAGUGAUAAAGAUUUUGCACAUAUACUUAUUUUUAAAAUGAUUUUCUUUUUCCUUUUUAAUGUGAGCUUGUUUAUGUCUUGUAACAAUGAAUUGAAAUGUAUCAUAAAUGUUUUGGGUUUAUUAUAAUGAAUAAAAAAUUAAUUAAACA